AGGUACCUAACCUGAGAGCACACACACACACACACCCACACACCCCUGUGCUCUGUACAAAAGCUGGUGCUCUUCAGCCUUAAUUCAUUUUAGCUUAUUCAGGCUGUAUUUGAUAUUUCCCCAUUUAAACCCAAGCUCUUGAAAGAGAAAUGUUUCACAACCGGGCGCUCAUUGUGUCGGUGGAGAAAUUCAGCGCAUGCGCAGAACUCGGAAAGCGGAGCGGCGCGCGACGGGACACGAAGCGCCUGCACGCGGCUCUCAGGCGGAGGGGCUUUACUGUGACCAUCCUGAUCGACCCGGAUGCGCGCGAGAUCAUCGAGGCAUUUAAAGCAGAGAGUGAGCAGCCAGUGCACAGCUGUUUUGUGGGUGUGUUAUCGAGUCAUGGAGAGAAGGGAGUGAUAUUCGGAGCAGAUGGACACCGUGUAAAGCUCGCACAUAUAUACUCACAAUUUGGAGGACCAAUGAUGGCUGCCAAAAACAAACUGUUCCUGGUCCAGGCUUGUCGAGGCAGCGAGCUGGAUGAAGGUGUUGAGGUUGAGAUAGACUCGUCUGAAGAUGAUUGUGUAUAUGAAUGUCAGUCAAUCCCUAAUGAAACUGUGGUUGCUUAUGCUACAGCUCCAGGUUACAGUGCCUUCAUGCACCCAACCGGCUCGGUGUUCCUACGGACGUUCUGUGAUCUGGUGGAGGAGUGUGAGGGGUGGGAGAUCACACGGUUUCUGACUCGGCUGAAUCGGCGUGUAGCCCUUGAGUUUGAGGCGAGAGGAAAUAAGCUCCAGGGCAAAAAGGAGAUGCCGUGUUUCAUCAGUCGCCUCACCGCUGACUGUUACCCGUUCACCAGGACACUCAGAGAUUAGGCCAUGUAGCUGCUCCUAGACACACACUACUUGCAAAACCUCAGAUGAACUUACACCUGAGCUAAGCUUGGACUCAUUUUGUACAGUUGUCUAUUUAUAGACAUCAGGAUGCUUUUAUGAGGAAAUGAAAUCUCAUGCUGGUGCUGUACAGUGAUGAAAAAACAAAUUUUAUGUUGGUUACUGAGACUACAGGAACACCAAUAUGGAGAAUUAUAGGCUUAUAGAUGCAAUAUUAGAGAGCUUAUUGAUUUGUGUCUGACUGCCUGCAUGCGCAUAGCAUUAGUGAGACAGAGUGUUUGCACAUAUAACAAAUGCUGUACAUUUUGCAGAAAAUGUUGUACAUAAUAAUGAUACUUCAGUGAACACAAAAAAGACAAAAAAUAUGUGUUAUUUCAGUACAAACCUUAUUUAAGAAAUUUAAGGUGCUAUGGGUGGGACAAUUGUUAAGUUAUGGUUUGUUAUAGAUGUAAAGUCAUAUUUUGUUAAUACUACAAAUUGUCACUGUUACUCUGAGUAGCUCACUCAUGUCCACAUUACAAAAGACAUUCAGUUUUUUAUGGUGUUAUUAAUAUUAAACCUGCAUGACAUUUUAUGAUUUGACAAAACUAAAUAAAAAUGGAAGGGAAAGUCAAUGUAGUUAUAUAGUUGUCCAAGUGUGACAACUAUGUAAGAUCUCAUCUCAUCCCUGGAUGGGACACCAGUUCAUCACUGAGCACCAUGCAAUACAUUUACACAUUCAUUCACACCUAGGUGCAAUUUAAAAAAAAUAGCCAGUCCACCUACCGGUAUGCUUUUGAGAGGUGGAAGUUAACUGGAGAACUCUGAGGAAACCCACACAGACACAGUUUGAAUUGGGAGCUCUUGCACUGCGAGCUCAUUGCUUUUUAGUCGUUAUGUCACCUUGUCCCCUUAUUUUUAAUUUGAAUUAAUUAAUGAAUUUAUUUCUGUUCCCACCUACUAGCUAGUUCCUCUGCUGUGUGCGAAAGAGGGAGGAAGUGUUUCCUCAAGGCGUAAAUCUAAACUGUCAUAGAACAGCUGAACAUGGGAUGAGGAGCUUUGAUGAACUUCCCUAACCCAUGUACCUAAGCUCGCAGAUGUACACACAGCUGCUAUGCAGAACAGGUAUAUACUAGUUGUGAAACAACUACAUAGUCUGUGUAUCUAGAUUUAGACAAAAUGAGGCAAAGAUAAAUCACUACAUUUUUGGAGAACGUACAAUGUACAGAAUGUACAUGCCAAGACAGAUUUAUUAAUAAAUGAUUUAUUAAUAAAUGACAACCCUAAUGCAUGGGGUGAUAUUGCACAAUAUUUUCCUUACAUAAAAAAAAAAAUUCCUACUGUAGGGGCUGGCUAUAUUUUUUCUGUCGUUCAGUUAAUGUUCAAUUAGACAGCUAUGCAACACAUAGGAUUUUAAAUCUUAAGCUUGUAAAAAGUGAAUCUGUUUUACCGAAUAGUUGAGAUAACUGCUACAUCAUUUCAUUUUCAUAUUGUAUUCUACAUGUUCUUGUACAGAGAGAUGAUAAAAUGUAGCAUUUAUCUCCACUAUGCAGUCUUUAAAAUAGUUUAACAAGAAGAAUCAAUGUUUAGGUGGAAUGAAAACCCACUCUAGCCCCAAAGCUAUAGUGAAUAUAAAAAGUCUACACACCCCAGCUAAAUUGGCAGGUUUUGGUGAUGUAAAAAAAUGAAACCAAGAUAAAUUAUGUCAGAUCAUUUUCCACCUUUUAUGUGAUAUAGCAACCAACAGACUUCAACUGAAAAGCAAAUGGAGACUUUGUAGGGAAAAAAAGAAAACGUGCACACCCUUUUAUAAUGGGUCAUGUGACUGUGUUCAGAAUUAACCAGUCACAUUCAAAUACAUGUUCAGAAGUAAGUAUCAUACACUUGUCAUCAAUGAAGUGAUUCUGAUAAGCCCCGAAGCUUCAUUUGACUGCUGAAGCCAUGGUUUGCAAAAAGCCUACAAAGCAUGUACGGGAUCUCAUUGUUGGAAGGUACCAAUCAGGAGAGGGGUACAAAACAUUUUCCAAAACAUUAUAUGUACCAUGGAACACCAUGAAGGCCAUCAUUAUGUGUAGAAAAUGGGGCAUGACAGUGACAUUACCAAGAACAAGACUUCUCUCCAAAGAAGGACAAUACAAAUGAUGAUGAAAGGACAAGACAAAAACUUAUCAGGGAGGCUGCCAAGAGACCGAUGGUAACAUUACAGGAGCUGCAGGAAUAUCUGGCAAGUACUGGUCAUUCCCUGCAUGUGACCACAAUCUCUCAUAUUUUUCACAUCUCUAGGCUACGGGACAGUGUGGCUAGAUGGAAGCCCUGUCUUACCAAAAAAAAAAAAAAAACCCUAACCAAGCCUGCAUAAAUCACCUCAAUCCAUGUGGCAAAACGUUUUAAUGUCUGACGAGACCUUGGUCAAAUGUUUUGGGCAUAAUUCUGAAGGAUAUAUUUGGCACAAAACCAAAACAAGCUUGUCACCCAAAGAAUAACAUAACCACACAAAGCAUGGUGGUGGCAGCAUCAUGCUAUGACGCUGCUUCUCUUCAGCUGGGGCUAGGGCUAAGAUAGAUGGAAGAGAGCUCAAAAUACCAAUCUAUUUUGGCACAAAACCUGCAGGUCUCUGUUAAACAGCUGAAGAUGAAGAAAAUUUUCACCUUUCAGCACAAUGACAAGUUGAUAGACCUUUACCCUAAAAGAAUGAGUGCUGUACUACAACAAAAGGUGCUUUAACAAAGUAUUAGGUAAGGAGUGUGCACACUUAUGCAACUUCUUUUGUUUUUUGUUCUCUAAAAUGUUACUAUUUGUUUUUAUUACCUGAAUUUUGUUGGUUGAAAUAGAUCACAUUAAAGGUGGAAAAAGAUCUGACAUGGUUUAUUUUGGUUAAAACAGCUCACUUAGCAGAAUAAAAUACUCUGAGCAGAAAACACACAGGGCAAAAUAUACUAAAUUGUGGUUUAAUUACACACUGUAAUAGUUAGUCUAAUGGUUGCUUGUUCGCUAGUCCAAGCUUACAUUAUUUACCUACAUAUUAAUAAAAGCAGUGCGGGUACAGUAAUAAAUUAAUAAGUAAAGAUUUAAGGGUGUCAAACUGCUCUGCUUUAUCUCACUUCUUUUUGAAACUUAUUUAUGGAUGACUAAAGUUUGAAGAUGAAAGUUUGAAACAUAGAGGACACAACAUACAGUUUAAAAUGGGUAAACUGUAUCCCAUUGAAUAAUUGAAUUAUUUGUUGAAUUACUUAUUGAAUUAUAUAUAUAU